CCGCAGGAUGUGGUGGGUCUGUCACUCCUUGCCCUGCCAUGAUCAGUGUGGUAAACUCCCCUGAUCUCUUCAGAGAAGGUUUCCUCAGCUCUGGACAGACCAAAGCCUUAGCCUCAGCUGGCCUGCCACUGACUACCCAAGGCAUUCAACUAUAACCAUGUCCUGUUGACGGGAGCUGAGCUGUGUGCUCCCAGGAGCACACAGGUGGAGCCCUUUAGCACCCUGGAGCACCCAAAAUGGCAGGAAGAACUAUAAACUAUGGGUGACUGGUCUCUUGCCUGCGAGUCCCUGAGGGACUGCUGUGGCCUCUGUACCCGGUGAGGAGGAGCAUCAAUGGGACAGGCUGCAGGAGAGCUUCAAACAAGCAGCUGGCUGUGGCAGAAGAGUGUGAGCAGCCAGGAAACGACAGAAGUUCCCCAGGGUGCAGCCUUGGCUCUGUCUUCACAGCUUCUGGCUGCAAACACAGACUCCAUGAGGAAGCAAGAGGUGUGGACAGAUAGAGAGACAUGCCUGGCCUACAGUGCUGGCUCCCCAGCUGAGCAGGUGAAAACCCUUGUGGAACUGUUGACUGGGAAGGGCAGUCAGCUGCUACAGGCCCAUAACAAAAUGCCAGACCCCCCACUGGUAUCCCAAAGCAAUGAGUCAAGGCUACGGAAGCACUGUGAGGCCCUGCUGAGCAGGGUGGGAAAUGACCCAGAACUGGGCAGCCCCUCACACCGGCUGGCCAGCCUCAUGCUGGUAGAGGGCCUGACAGACCUGCAGCUAAAGGAGCAUGACUUCACACAGGUGGAGGCCACACGUGGUGUCUGGCGCCCUACCAGGGCCAUCACCCUGGACAGGCUCUUCCUGCCUCUGUCCCGGGUAUCCAUCCCACCUCGAGUCUCUGUCACCAUUGGAGUGGCUGGCGUGGGCAAGACCACGCUGGUGAGGCAUUUUGUUCAUUGCUGGGCCAGAGGACAAGUGGGCAAGGGUUUCUCAUGGGUUCUGCCCUUAACCUUUCGGGAUCUUAACACCUAUGAGAAACUGUCUGCAGACAGACUCAUCUCCAUUGUCCCAAAUGUUGGGGGAGCUAAUCUGACAAUGAUGGCCCCAGACAGAGUCCUCCUGGUCCUGGAUGGCUUGGAUGAGUGUAAGACACCCCUGGAAUUCUCCAAUACCAUGGCCUGCACAGACCCAAAGAAGGAGAUCCAGGUAGACCACCUGAUCACUAACAUCAUCAGAGGCAACCUCUUUCCAGAAAUUUCUGUCUGGAUCACUUCCCGGCCCAGUGCUGCUGGUCAGAUCCCUGGGGGCCUAGUGGACCGGAUGACUGAGAUUCGGGGCCUUACAGAGGAAGAGAUCAAGGUGUGUCUGAAGCAGAUAUUUCCAGAGGACCAGAACCUCUUAGGUCAGGUUCUGAGUCAAGUGCAAGCCAACAGGGCUCUGUAUCUGAUGUGCACCGUACCAGCCUUUUGUAGGCUCACAGGGCUGGCACUGGGUCACUUAUACCGCACCAGGCUGGCUGUCCAAGACAUAGAGCUGCCAUUGCCUCAGACCCUGUGUGAGCUCUACUCUUGGUACUUCAGGAUGGCUCUCGGUAGGGAGGGGCAGGAUAAGGGAAAGGUAAGUCCUAGGAUCGAGCAGGUGACCCAGGGAGCUCGCAAAAUGGUGGGGACAUUGGGCCGCCUAGCAUUCCAUGGGCUGGUCAAGAAGAAAUACGUGUUUUACGAGCAAGACAUGAAGGCGUUUGGAGUGGACCUUGCCCUGCUGCAGAGCGCUCUGUGCAGCUGCCUCCUGCAGCGGGAAGAGACCCUGGCCUCCUCGGGAGCUUACUGCUUCAUCCACCUAUCUCUGCAAGAAUUUGUGGCGGCUGCAUAUUACUAUAGUGCAUCCAAGAGGGCCAUCUUUGACCUCUUCACUGAGAGUGGCAUGUCCUGGCCCAGGUUGGGUUUCCUUGCCCAUUUCAGAUGUGCAGCCCAGCGGGCCACACAGUCUAAGGAUGGGAGGCUGGACGUGUUCCUGCGCUUCCUCUCUGGCCUCUUAUCUCCAAGGGUCAAUACUCUGUUGGCCGGCUCCCUGUUAGCCCAGGGAGAGCAUCAGAGCUACCGAGACCAGGUGGCUGAGGUCCUCCAAGGCUUCCUACAUCCUGACACUGCAGUCUGUGCACGCGCCAUCAAUGUCUUGUACUGCCUGAGUGAGCUGCGGCACACAGAGCUGGCCCGCAGCGUGGAGGAGGCCAUGCGGAGUGGGACCUUGGCUGAGAUGAGCAGCCCCUCACACCGCUCCACUCUGGCCUACCUCCUGCAGAUGUCUGAUAUCUGCUCCCAGGAGGCCGACUUCUCCCUGUGCCUCAGCCAGCGUGUCCUCCGGAGCCUGCUGCCUCAGCUGCUCUAUUGUCGGAGCCUCAGGCUGGACAACAACCAGUUCCAGGACCCUGUGAUGGAGUUGCUGGGCAGUGUGCUGAGUGUGAAGGACUGUCGUAUUCAAAAGAUCAGCCUGGCUGAGAACCAGAUUGGUAGCAAAGGAGCCAAAGCCCUGGCCAGAGCCCUGCUGGUCAACAGAAGCCUCAUCACACUAGACCUCCGGAGUAACUGCGUUGGACCACAGGGGGCUAAGGCUCUGGCAGAUGCUCUGAAGAUAAACCGAACUCUAGCUUCUCUAAGCCUCCAAAACAACGUGAUCGAGGACGAUGGCGUCCUGUGUGUGGCUGAGGCCCUGAUCUCCAACCAGACCAUCUCCAUGCUACAGCUACAGCAAAACCUCAUUGGGCACAUAGGAGCCCAGCAGAUGGCAGAUGCCCUGAAGCGGAACAGGAGUCUGAAAGAACUCAUGUUUUCCAGUAAUACCAUUGGGGACAGAGGUGCCAUGGCCCUGGCCGAGGCCCUGAAGGUGAACCAGGGCCUAGAGAACCUGGACCUCCAGAGCAAUGCCAUCAGUAACACGGGAGUGGCGGUGCUGAUGGAAGCCCUCUGCAGUAACCAUACACUGUCCAGUCUCAACCUACGAGAAAACUCCAUCAGCCCAGAGGGAGCCCAGGCCCUCGCUCAAGCCCUCUGUGCGAACACCUCUCUGAAGCACUUGGACCUGACAGCUAAUCUCCUCCAUGACCAAGGUGCCCAGGCCAUUGCAGUAGCAGUGGGAGAAAACCACUCUCUGACACACCUUCACCUGCAGUGGAACUUCAUUCAGGUUGGUGCAGCCAGGGCCCUGGGACAAGCACUCCAGCUGAACAGGACCCUGACAACCUUAGAUUUACAGGAGAAUGCCAUAGGGGAUGAAGGAGCUUCCUCAGUGGCUGGCGCUCUGAAGGUGAACACAACCCUCACUGCUCUCUACCUACAGGUGGCUUCCAUUGGUAGCCAAGGGGCCCAGGCACUUGGGGAGGCCCUAGCUGUGAACAGAACUUUGGAGAUUCUUGACUUACGAGGAAACGACGUUGGGGUAGCUGGCGCCAAGGCCUUGGCAAACGCUCUGAAGUUAAACUCUAGUCUUAGAAGACUCAAUCUCCAAGAGAACUCAGUGGGGAUGGACGGGGCCAUAUAUGUCGCCGCUGCUCUGUCUGAGAACCACGGUCUGCAGCAUAUUAAUCUCCAGGGAAAUCCGAUUGGGGAAUCCGCUGCCAGGAUGAUCUCAGAGGCUAUCAAGACAAAUGGUCCCACAUGCACUGUGGAAAUGUAAGGAAAGAGUUCCUGGAGGACCACGCAGAAACUCAACUAGGAGCUUCUGAUCAGAGGACCUCUGGUCUCUGCAAAUCUUCCUGGAAUCAGAAAUGUUGCUGGGCUAGCUCUCAAGCUGGUCUCCUCAAUAGAGGAAGGGAGGGUACUUCAGCAGAGUUCACAGGCACCUUUCCUGCCCAGGGUCAGUCAGAGGAAAGAUGGCUACUGUUAUGGGACAGAGAAGGAAAGGGUCUGGCACCAAGGGACACACAGGGCAAUGUCUCAAAGCUCCACAAAGUAGGAGGCUGAUCCUGGCUUACUCAUCCCCAGGGUCUUCACAUGCCCCAACUUAAAAGAACCAAAGAAAGCAAAACAAUGACAGCAUUCCUGCCCUGAACACUCACACGGCUGGCACCAUCGGUCUCUGCAGUGUAGUGUUCCUGCCCCGCACACUCACACGGCUGGCGCCAUCGGUCUCUGCAGUGUAGUCUCUGCAGUGUAGUGUUCCUGCCCCACACACUCACACGGCUGGCAUCAUCGGUCUCUGCAGUGUAGUCUCUGCAGUGUAAUGUUCCUGCCCUGCACACUCACACGGCUGGUACAUCUCUGCAGUCUUCAAGUCCACUAAGCACAUUAGCUUGCCAAAGGUGACAAUGGGUCCAUUUUUUUCUUUUCUCAAGAGAAGAAGAAAGUUUGGGGGUGUAACCCUUAGAUACGUAUGGAGAAAAUAUGAGAAAUCUGGGAAGAUAAUGAGAGGUUAAUGCUAAGAUUCUGGAGUGAGAGUUAAGUCCCAAAGGCACUCUUCUGUACGACCUCAGACAUCAACCAUGCCCUGCCAUAGACGGAGUCCAGUACACUGGUUAUCCAUUGAGAAGUAAGUGUUGAUACCUUGAUGCCAUUAUCCUGAAUUUAAGCUUUCAGACCCUCUGCAGUGGCUGUAGCUUCCCCAUGGAGACACAUAAGCUAUGUUUCCCUGUGGCCAGUUCCUUCCAUUGUCUAAUGGAAACAGGAAAACCUACAUGAACUUCACAGGUCUCAACUGAGGCAACGAGGGAAAUGUUUAUCAAAACCACAGAGUAAGUCCAAGCGUGGUGGUGCAGGCCUUUAAUCUCAGCACUUGGGAGGCAGAGGCAGAGGAACCUAUGAGUUUAAGGCCAGCCUGGUCUACAAAGUAAAUUCCAGGAUGGCCAAAACUACAUAGUGAGACCCUGUCUUAAAAAAAAAAAAAAAAGAGUAUCCAGAAGCCAGACCUGUAGCACACACUUGUGUGCUUGACAGGACAAGAAAGGAGAAUCAUAGGUUUGAGGCCAGAUUAAAUUACACAGUGAGUUUCAAAACAAAAACAUAGACCUUGAGUAUUCAGAAGAGUUAUCAUGGCAGUGGGAGGUGGUACUGUUUAUGUAGGAAAAGAGGCAACAAAGGAAGCAACUCUGUAAAUGUAGCCUUGACAAACGAUUAGACGUAAGCCAGGAAUAGCCUGUAAUUCCAGCACUUGGUGGAGCAGGAGGAUCAGGAUUUGGGGGCUGCCUUUGGAUACACAGUGAAUUCAAGACCAGUUUGUGCUUCAUGAAAUCCCAUCUCAAGAAAACAAAGGAGAACGAGCGACUAAGUUGGGACAAGUGAACAUCACGUGUGACUGUGGGACGCAGUGCUGAUGGAGUAGUUCUGCCAAAAACGUUUACCUAAGCCUAACUGUAGUGGUAUAGCUACCUCAAAUCCAAAUGCAAGGACUGGCUAUAAUCCAAAUCCAGUGCAGGCCUGGUUGCAGAAAGAUGUUACAGCAGGUUUUGAAGGGUAUUGUUUCUGGGUAUAGAAUGCUAUCUUUCUUUUGGUACUUUUAUGAUGUUGCUCUCCGACUGGGGCUCCAUCCAGCUCAGUGAAGGUGGUCCUGGGUUCCUUCUUCUGCACUGCCAGCAGCAGCAGCAGCAACCACCACCUGCUGCUUUAUUCUUCUGGCUUGUCUUGUUUCUGGCUGAAGCUUUCAGGACAGCAGUCAGUCAGCAAACAAAUGUUGGGAAAGCUGUAUCCCACAGAAGCCUAGUACAUGGGUCUGAGAGCCAAACAUUAUAAGGAAAAAGGGUGCACUCCAAAGAUCCUGAGAGCAAGCCCACCAGACCUAGAAGGCCCCCCUUUCCAGAAAGUUUGUCCAGAGUCCACUGUUGAGGCUUCCCAGCUGUCUAGCUCGCAAGGUCUAGCUGCUUCACCACAAGCAAGCCCAGUUGUAGAGUCUGGAACUGAGAUAAACUAACUGGAACAGUG